AUGUUCGCGGUGCCCGGAUGGAACGUCUCCGCGCAGGUCAAAACGCAGGUCGAAGCGCCCAAGCCAAAGGAUCAGAAUAAACCUGGAAAGAAGGCGCAGAAGCGCAAGGAAAGGCGCGAAGAGAAAGAGGUCAAUGUGGAUAAUUUGGCGGAAAAAUGGGAGAGCAUAACGAGUGGAAAGAUAGAGGCAGACGAUGCGGCGCAAGAGAAGCGCGGGAAGAAGAGGAAGCGGGGAAAGGCUGGAGGCAACAAGGAUAAACAGCCGGGUGAGAAUGACACAAGGGAAACAGAAGAAGUAGCAGAGGAGGUCAAACCUUCUCCUGCAAAGGCUUCUGCAGAAAAGAAUGCAGCCACCGAUGGCGAGUCGAAACGCGAUAAGAAGAAGCGCAAGAAAGAGUCCAAAGCCGAUAAACUCCUCGCCGCGAACGCAGCUGUAGAAAAAGCUGUGCCAGUAGCACCCACCCUCGAAAAUCUCCUGCCUGAGCCCAAGGGCCUCACACCGCUGCAACGCUCCAUGCGCAGCAAGCUGGCCAGUGCCCGUUUCCGCCAUCUAAACGAAGCUCUCUACACAAAACCAUCUGCCGACAGCGCCUCGCUCUUCAAAGAAGAUCCUUCCAUGUUCGAAGACUACCACCGAGGCUUCGCACAACAGGUCGAAGUAUGGCCCUCGAAUCCCGUAGACAGCUACGUAAACAGCAUCCUCGUCCGCGCCGAACUCCGCAACAAAGACCAGCGCAAAGACCGCAAAGCACAAAACAAAGCUGCCGUACGCCGGGGCCCUGGCUUCGAAGACGAGCAAGAGGCUACCUCCAUCGCGCCUCCCCGUGGCGACGCAAAACCUCUCCCCCGCGACUUCAAAGGCCACAGCACAAUCGCCGACCUAGGCUGCGGCACUGCCUCGCUCUCCUACCGCCUCCAACCGCACCUAAAAUCGCUAAACCUAACCUUCCACUCCUUCGACCUCUCGAAACCCAGCGGACCCUCUGCCGACCUCGUCACUGUCGCCGACAUCGCCGCCCUGCCCCUCGCCGACAACAGCGUCGACGUCGCAAUCUUCUGCCUAGCCCUCAUGGGCACAAACUGGCUCGACUUCAUCGACGAGGCCUACCGCAUCCUGCGCUGGCGCGGUGAGCUCUGGGUCUCGGAGAUUAAAUCUCGCUUCGGCCGUGUCGACAAGAAGAAAGGUGGUGUGCCUAUCAAUUCCAUUGGGUCACUGCGGAAACCAAAGGCGAAUAAAGGGGAGAAGCCGCCGGAAGAAGGGCCUGAGGAUUCGGAAGAUGAGGCGGAGCUGGCGGUUGUGGUGGAUGGCCAGGAUGCCAAAGAAGGAACGGAUGUAUCGGCUUUUGUCAAUGUCCUGCGCAAGCGUGGGUUUGUGCUUGAUGCGCUGCCCGAGCGACCUGGUGACGCGAUUGAUCUGAGCAACAAGAUGUUUGUCAAGAUGCAGUUUGUCAAGGCGGCGCAUCCCAGUCGGGGCAAGAAUGCGCGGGAAGACCAAAAGGAGGGGGCUGUGGCGCAGAGGGGUGGCGGGCUCAAGUUUGGGCUCAAGGGCAAGCGUAUGGGCUUGGGUGCUGGGGAUGAGGAUGAGGGCGAGGAGGCAGACAAGGCGGUGUUGAAGCCGUGUUUGUACAAGAUUAGGUAAACAACGAAAGGGGGAGUAGAUAUUGCGGAGACAUGUGUGCGGCGGUUCACGGGGUUCACGAUACUCUAUAAUAAAAUCACUUUCAAAGAGUGCUUGAUUCUAUCAUACAUCUCUUUUUGUUCUGUUUUGCUCUCUACUACUUGUUGUUCACGUCGUCCUCAAUGAAACCCUUGUGUAUCCCAAUCAUGCUUGUUAGCAGUAACACAUGCAGGAUAUGCUAUGUUGUACCAUGCCAACGCCAUAAUUUUCCCCAUGAGUUUGUCU